GAAAGAUGGAUCUAGCCGGGGUGGGUGUUCCAUCACUCUUGUCUUUUACUUUAAUUUUCACGAUUUGUCUCAGUUUUUCCAACGCUGACACCGUCAUUGACACCUCACCGAGCGCGGAUUUGACGUUACGACGUAGUGACCAACCGUUCUACGUCAAUUCUUCGAUUAUCGUUCCCCCGGGGAUCACGCUUACGGUAGAGCCUGGCGUGACUGUUACGUUUGACCCUGGGGUCACCUUGAGUGUCCGGGGAAGACUGGUAGCCAAAGGGCAGCCUGGUCAACGAAUUCGCUUCACUGCAGCUGAUACACCCAAUAUUCCAGCACAACGCGACAGCCCUCCCAUUUGGUUUGAUGGCGCUCGCCUUGCGGGAGACUUCACGUCAAGUCACGUAGGGCGUUUAGAGCUUUUGUUGGGAGGAAGUUACGGCACCGUUUGUCAGAAUGGCUGGAACUCGCACUGGUACUACUCCUACUACAACACCAGAGUUGCUGCUAGGAUGCUGGGAUAUAAAUAUUGUACCAGAGUAAAUAACAGAGGCGGUGGUACUGGGAAUAUUCUACUCAGUAACGUGAGAUGUAAUGGACACGAGGACUCUCUAUGGGACUGCCGUCAUGAUGGGGUCCGUGUACACAACUGCUUUCACAGUCAAGACGUGUGGCUGCAGUGUUCAGGUUACUCUGGAUAUCGCGGGGAUGCCAACGAAACAGCCAAGUACUGGUCUGGGAUACAGCUGGUGACUAACUCCUCCGAACCAGGAGUAAGUGAUCUCCAAUAUGUCGACGUUGAAUUCGCCGGUCUUCCUAACAUCGAGACACACUCAAACGAUACGGCAGCCAUAUCUGUCUCUGGAACCCCGCCUGUGCUUGAAAACCUCAAUAUAACAAAUGUUAUCGGUAAUGGCGUUCUACUUAGAGAUAUAGCUGGGCAUGCGUUAAUCAAUGAUAGUUACAUCGAGGCCAGUUUGGGCAACGGGGUUUCCUUCAGAAGCUUUGGUGGUGAUCUAGCAAUGAACAAUGUCCAGAUAUCUAAUGUCAACAAAGCAGGCGUAUAUUACAACCGGACACUACCACUUCCUUCCUAUAAGAUGUGCCUCACGCCGGAAACAACGGUUCCUGAUGGACAACCGCUCAUAGUCAGCUUUGACAGUACGGACCUUCACCUGGGGUUAGAGACGUCGUGCUCUCAGGUGUUUUGGAGCCGAAGCUCAGCGCAGAUCUUGGCAGUGCGCAUACUAUAUAUAAGGACAAGUUGGCGUGGAAAUGUUAACAUUCUGGAUAUAUAUGACGGAAACAGUACAAACCACGAGCGACUUGAGAGAGUGCAUAUGUAUGGUGAUGAGGUAACCAUGCCGUCUCCUCUCUACACAACUGGCGGGUCAGUCUUGUUGUCAUUCUCAAGACUGAAUAUUAAUUUUUGGGAACGGUACCAAGGAAUGUUUUCAAUCCAGUCGGUUGCAGCUCAUUCAGAUCAAGUUGGGUUAUCAGUUCAUAGCGUGGACAUCAGGAAAGCAGCCAAUGGUAUUCUCAUUGAAUCUCAACUGCAUCAUCUUCUCAUCUCAGAGGCUCGUGUCGCACAUUCCUCAGAGACAGGCCUGUACGUGGGGAAAGGGUCUGGUACUAUUGUGCUUCAGGACAGCGUCUUUAUGGAUAACAGCAUCCAUAUGUACUUUGAACAUAUCCAGAGGAAUGUUACCGUGGACAAGAAUGAGUUUAAUGACUCCUCUAACUACGCUUUGUCUGUUGGCUCGGCCUCAGUAUGGAUAUUAUCAAACAACGUCAGGUUCGUUUUUCAAAAUAACACCCUGCUAGACAGCAGUUUCGGUAUAUGGAUGCCACAUGCCAGAGAGUGUGCCCUAACAGACAUCAUAGUGUUUGGCAAUGUCUUCAAAAAUCAAAGUACAACUGCCAUUAGGUUGGGUACAAGUUACAGAUGUAAUACACACAGACUCAGAAACGUCCAGGUGAUGGAAAAUGUUGUUUAUGAAUCAAAUGGGACUGCAGCCUUUUUAAUAGAAACCGGUGUGAGCACAGAAAUACUCAACAACACGUUAUUUGAUAAUGAUGUGUCCCAGUGCGUUCUCUGUGUUUCUGCCUCAAGUUUGUUCAUGACUGGAAAUACGUUUAGAGACAACAAUGUGAGAAAUAUAUACAAACGGCAUCAGGUCGGAGCCAGCCUGAUAGUCAAAAACUUUGUUACUGUUUUCACAUUUACAAGCAACAUUUUCGAAAACCCGUCUGUUGAAUAUCAACUGGCAACUUGGCAUGAGAACUCCGUCUUACGAAAACUAGAUGUGUCCCGAAAUUACUGGGGAACAUCAGAUCCAUUCGCUGUUUAUUCGGGAAUUCUUGACAAUACGAAGCUCUAUACUUUGAGAACCGAAUUUCUAUACACACCUUUCUAUAUCACGUCGGAUCUCUCCAGUUUGUCCUCAGACGUGGAUCCAACACCACCUCCUUACACACUCGGUGGCCGCAUUAAGACCGACCUUACUCUUAAUGACACUGAUAGACCGUACACGGUAACACGUGACUUGAACGUGACAGCCAACGCCACCCUUACCAUAGAACCAGGGGUAGCUCUAGAGUUUGAGGAUUCUGUGGGGAUGUACGUUGAGGGAAGACUGAAUGUCAGUGGGACUGCAAGUAAGAGGUGUAUCUUUACCGCUAAGGGAAAAUCUGCUAUAACAAAAAACAUGACAUGUCCAGCUGCAGAUUCCGGUCUGUUUGUGUUGUAUCGGGAGCCUUAUCGGUAUGAUAUUAACACUUUUUACGGGCGACUUUACGGUAAAGAAAACGGACGCACACUACCAGUUUGUUACGAUUCUUCAAUUAGAGGACCAAUGCUAAACGCAUGGUUAGCAGAAGAAUGCAAGCGACUUGGUUACACUUUUUUGGUCGUAUAGACACGAUUACUGA